AUGUCUUCUGGGCUGGCCUCCGACGAGGUGGCCGAGGAUUACAAGAACUCCUUGGAAGAUCUAACCACAAACGACAGGUUCCAGAUCAGCAAUCUUACGGUCAUUGCGAAAGAGAACACAGAGCAUGCAAUGGCCAUCUCCCGCGUGCUGGAGAAUCACAUUCGAACAACACCGCCGGCUCAGAAGCUGCCUGCCUUGUAUGUAGUCGACUCGAUCGUCAAGAACGUAGGGACGCCCUACACCUUGUUUCUGGGUCGCAACAUGUAUCAGACAUUCAUGAAUGCCUAUACGUUGGUGGAUUCGCAGACUCGUCGCAAGCUUGAUGAGAUGCUCAAAACAUGGAAAGAGCCUGUCCCCGGUUCCUUAGACACCAGGCCCGUGUUCCCUCCAGAAAUCACGCGCAGUAUCGAAAGUGCAUUGAUCAAGGCAAGGACCGCAGCCCUUCAGCAACAGCAAGCCCGAAGCCAGCAGGAAAUCCUCACGCGUGGUCGAAAUGGGACCCCUCCCGGCUGGUCCAAUACUCCAACACCACCACAGAACCUGGCCCGGCACCCGCCAGCGUCGAGUCAAACCGUGCCAGCUCCUUACCAACGGAAUGGCGCAAGUCAUGCAUAUCCGCCCUCGGGGGACACGCAUACUGCACGCGCCGCGCCAACUGCGCAAAUUCACCAACGCUCGGAAAUCGAUCUAUCGGGCUUGAACCGGGAUAUUGAAUCCUUGAUUGCCGCAGCCCGCUGUGCUUUCGCCACCAACCCUCUCGAUCCGGCCGUGCAGCAACGAUUGAAAGCUCUCCUCGAUCUGCAGGGCAUCUUACAACGCCAAGAGCUCACCCAAGAGCAAUUGAGGUUGGUUCGUGAUCAGGUAUCAGCCCUGGCACCGAAACCUGUCAUCCCGGUACCUCAAGCCCAAAAUAUCCCGGCUGUUUCGAUGCCUCCUGUGGCCGCUGCCCCACCAGCCCAAACGCAUUCGCAGCCUCUCCAGCAAUUGCUGAAUCCGGGUAUGCUCGCCGGGCUUAUCAAGGCCACCGCUGCACGUCAACAGCCCACCCCACCGCCUCAAUUGGCCGGGAUUUUGCCGCAGAUACCGAUUCUGAACAGCACGCCCCAGCCCGCUGUUCCCGCGACAAAGGAGAGCCCUCUCAUUGCGGCUUUGCGGGCGCAGGGGCUGUUACCACCAGCGUCAGCACCUCCAACUGCGUCCACCAUUCCUCCUCCUAACAUUGCGUCUGCCUUCCCACUCAUCGUGCCUGGCCAGGUGCGACAUACACCGCCUGUACCCACACCGCAGGCUCAGGGUAAUGCCGAAGGGCAGAUGGAUGUGCAGAUGAAUACCAUGUCCAUGAAGAUCCCACGAUACACCCUGGUUACCACUCUCUAUGAAAUGCGCACCAAUCGAUGUGGGACGUGUGGCCGUAGAUUUUUCGCGACUGAAGAAGGGAAGGAAAAGAAGGCGCGUCACCUGGAUUGGCACUUUCGGACUAACCAACGAAUGUCCGACGCUGCCAAGCGGGCCCAAAAUCGAAGUUGGUACGUUGACGAACGGGAUUGGAUCAAAUCCCGAGAAGCAGGAGACGACCAGAAUCCUGCAGACACGGAAGCCUCUGGUGACACCGCCGAUGGACAUGAUGGCAGUGUAGCGAAAAAGGGACCGUCCAAGCCUUGGAUCCGCGCGCCCAAUGAUGCGACUUUGCGGAAUACUCCUUGUCCAAUCUGUCAGGAGAAGUUUGAAUCCACCUGGUCCGAGGAUGUACAAGAUUGGAUUUGGCAGGAUGCAACCAAUGUUGGGAGUCGUGUUUACCAUGCUAGCUGCUAUGCUGAAGUGACCAAGGAGGGACCAACGCCAGCUAAUCGGGGGGCGCCACUGGCACGCACCGGGACUCCAGACUCUGUGCUGGGUAAACGCAAGGCAGAGGUGGCCAAUUCCCCGGGUUCGAAUGUACGGAUCAAAACAGAGCCCAUCUGA